GGGGUGAGUGAUUGACUUUAUCAGUCCAAGGACAUCACUCACUUGGAAAGGGGGGGAAAGUUUGAUCCUCUUUCUUAAGGAUCAUACUUGCGGGAGUUUCUGCUCCCCCAGUUACCAACAGGGAGAAUUUGUAGAUGAAUAGGCUCUUUUUAGAUUUGUUAACAUUACAAGAAAGACAAUAACGGUUGCCUGUUUUUCUUUUCUUUAUUUCUGAAAUUCUACGUUAUAUUUUUUAUUUCAUCUUACUGCUUUUAAGUUUCUUACAAUGACUAUGCUGCUUGACAGCGGUCCGCAGUUUUCAGCGCUUGGAGUUGGGGGCUUCGGGACGCCGCGGCACCAUGAAAUGAGCAACAGGGAUGCAGGGCUCGGACUAAAUCCUUUUGGAGACUCUUCUUUCAAACUGAGCCCCGUCGCCCACGACAUCUCUUCGAGUCAAACCUCCGCGUUCACUCCGCAGGUCACAUCAGGCUACGCCGCAGCGCUGGGUCACCACCACUCCGGCCAGGUGGCUUCCUAUGGCGGCGGACCAUUCAACUCCACGAGAGAGUUUUUGUUUAGAAACCGCGCAGCUGGCAUCGGAGAAUCUGCGGCCACAGCGCAGCAUGGGCUCUUCGCUCCUUCAGCGGGAAGCCUGCAUGGACCUCCAGGAAUCUCUGAUAACCCAGGGCAUCUUUUAUUUCCAGGGUUGCACGAACAAACCGCCAGUCACAACUCUCCAAACGGACAUAUGGUAAACAGUCAAAUGCAUCUAGGUUUACGUGGGGACCUUUUCGGGAGACCUGACCCUUACCGACCAGUCGCGAGUCCUAGGACGGACCAUUAUGGAAGUGCUCAGCUCCACAACUAUAAUCACCCGAUAAACAUGAAUAUGGGAAUGAAUGUACCAAGCCACCAUGGGCCAGGGGCUUUUUUUCGGUAUAUGCGACAGCCCAUCAAGCAAGAAAUGUCCUGCAAAUGGAUAGACGAAACCCAUAUAAACAGAACCAAAAAGACGUGCGACAGAACUUUCAGCACGAUGCAUGAGCUGGUGACGCAUGUCUCCAUGGAGCACGUCGGGGGUCCAGAGCAGAGCAACCACAUUUGUUACUGGGAGGAUUGUCCGAGGGAAGGAAAAUCUUUUAAAGCCAAAUACAAACUGGUGAAUCAUAUAAGGGUACAUACAGGGGAAAAGCCUUUUCCAUGCCCUUUUCCUGGAUGCGGGAAGAUAUUUGCAAGAUCAGAAAAUUUGAAAAUACAUAAAAGAACACACACAGGUGAAAAACCAUUUAAAUGUGAGUUUGAGGGCUGUGACCGGCGCUUCGCAAACAGUAGUGACCGAAAGAAGCACAUGCAUGUACAUACGUCAGACAAGCCAUACAUCUGCAAAGUGUGCGACAAGUCUUACACGCACCCCAGUUCUCUCAGGAAACACAUGAAGGUUCAUGAAUCUCAAGGCUCGGAAUCUUCUCCGGCAGCGAGUUCUGGCUACGAGUCGUCCACCCCACCCGCUUUAGUAUCUGCAAGCGGAGAGGACCCAACAAAAACUCCGCCGUCUGCGGUUCAAAACACCGCCUCACACAAUGAAGGACUCCCUCCCAAUUUUAACGAAUGGUACGUCUGAACACAACUAAUCAGACGCAGAAACGGACCAAACCUUAAAGGAAACCUGAACCGGAACAUUGAACAAAAAUAACAGCAUAAUAGAUUUGAAAAUGACGCAACAGAGUAAUACAAGAAUGAAAGGAUAAUCGGAGUGGAAAGCACAGAAGAAGAACAUUUCUGUUUUAUGGGCAGUCGUCAUGUUCCGGACAAGCCUUGUCCUUUCUCAGGAUUCAAUAAAAUUUAUAUAUAUAUAUAUACUCAUAGAUAUCAAAUAUAUCUAUAUAAAUAUAUAUACCUUUCCUUAAGGAAAAAGGAAAGGUUUCCUUUUAGUUUCAGAUUUUUAUUUUUAUUGUUUUUGUUCUUUUUAUCGAAAGGGAUUUUACGAGGAAGAAUUUUUCAUGCUAUGUUAAGAUGGUGAUAUACUCGUGUCGCCUUAGAAAAUGAUUGUUCAACUUCACACAGUCUUAAGAAACGUGCCAAAGUAUUUUUUUUCUUUCUUGUACUUGGGAAAACAAAAACGAUCAGACAAAUGUUUACCCGUGAAUGUAUUCCUUGUUUGAUGGGGUCGAUUCUGUUGUUGAUGUACGUUUCUGCUUGGAAAUGUGGUAUUAUUAGAGUAAGAUCGUGACCGUUAAUUAUACAGUAUCGUUGCCUUUUGUAAUAACCUUGUAAAUACAUAUCCAUGAUGCCAUAUUUAUCAAUUUGUAAUUUAAUUAUCGGCAUAGGAUCCGAAACUGAAAUCAUAUUUAUGGAAAAUGUUUUCUAACAAGACUAUGUACAGUUUUUUUUUUUUUUUUUUUUUUUUUUGUUAUAAUCAGUUUAACAUUAAAUUUCUCAAAAAAUUA